AUGGCUCUUCACCUUCAUGGACCUGACAAUUCACCCAGGGUAGGGAAGUUUUUGCUUCUCUCGAGUCUCGAACGGAAAACAACAUGGCGAGCGCGCCGAGCGAAAGUCAAGAGCGACAAAAUCCUUCAAAAAUGCCACGCUAAUUGUCGAACACAGAUUCCUGUUUGUAGUCUAGCAUACAAGAAAACAUUGCAAGAUAUUAAUAAGAAACGUUCGCAAAUUGAAGAAGCACAUGACAAGAUAAAAAUGAAGAAAGAUGUAUUGGAAAAGCAAAGAAGCACACUUGGUAUAAGUACAUGUAUGAUAAACACAGCUCAUCAAAACAUCGGUAAUGAAGACGAAUGCUCAAAGAGUCAGUGA